AGCCCUGAAGGGAAAACACACAGAACAGAUGGUUUCAAUAAACAAGUUGUUUGCUUUAUAACUAUGUUAUAUUUAGAGAAAGUGAAAAUUAGUAUGUUUAACUAAUGAAUGCAUUUAACCAAUUCAUGAACAAUGGAGUAUUGUUGUGUUGUUGAAUAAUUAUGUUUUACAUAUUUACUGCCUACAUUUCAUGAUCAUUGCUAAAAGUGUUAAAGUUACAAAGAUGUCCAAAUAAGGACUGUAGAAAUUGAUUUUGUUCCAUUUUAUAUUUCUUUAAAUAAUCAUUUUAUUCUACAAACACUGUGUGUUUCAUAUAUGCAUUGAGUUAUUACGUAAAAAUGAGGUGUUUGAGUUUGAGAGUGGAAAGCUACCAGCUUGGGUGUGUGUGUAGAGGCUGCAAGGGGGGAUUAGCUAGGAAUGUGCAUCUGAUAAUCAUUCAAGAUAAAAGGGGCCUAAGGGAAAACAUACUGAACAGAUGUUUUUUAAUGAUGAUAAAAGUGUUUGCUUAGAAGUAGUAUUGCAGUAAAAGAUUUAAUAUGUGUUUAUCUAUCUAAAGAAGUUAAUGUGUGCCUUAUUCAUAUAACCAAUUUUACGAAUAAUGAAAUUAUGUCAUGAUAUUGAAAUGUGUUCUACAUAAUAAUCACUUUUAUCUUACAGUUUGUUUUUUUUAUGAAUAAAUGAAUGUUUUAUUAAUGAUUUGUUUUUAAGAAAGCAUUAUAAAAUGCUAUGUGAAGUCAAUCAUAUGUAAAGUGGAAAAGUACUGGGGGGAGAAGAGACAAACUGCAGGACUCUCAAAGUUGGGGGAGAGCAGUUUGUUUUUUUCCUUUGUCUGUGUGUGUCUAUCUUCGCCUGUAGGCUGAAACUGGGUGUGUUGAGGGAGUCAGAUUCACGAGGAAAAGCAGCCUUUGUGGGUGGAGAUUCUAAGAAGAAGAUCGACGUCACAUACUCUAUAAAUAGUUGUUUUCCCAAAUGCUGGGGGUUGUUGCUUGCCGAUUGUGGCCUUGAAACAACCCGGCGCGCUGUAAAACUUUUUCAUAUCUGAUCAAUAAAUAUUCAAUUUAGAUAUUUGUGUCUUUCUCCAUUGAUGAACAUGCUUCGGACGCCUUAAAGUCCAACAUCAGUCAGGGUGGGUUGUUGUAGGAGUUUGUGUUUUGCUGUGUACAAAGUUUAUUGUGGAUUUCUUGUUGAUGUAGUUCAGAUCCGUUGAUUUAGCUGAACUAGCAUGUAAAUACUUUGUAUAUAGUGUAUAUUUUGUACAGUUUAUUUUCUUUUUGAGUAUUUUUCUAUUUUUACACCGUGUGUCAUUAAUAAAUCACCCUUCACCUGAAUCCAAGCAGUUUCUGUGUCACUUUUACCUCCUAUCCUCCCGGUCAAAUCCUAACAAGCCGUUUAGGAAUGUGCCUCGUUAUGUCCUCACAACGAGCGAGGUUCCCCCGCCUUCCUCUGGUUUGCCCGCCUGGAGCAUAUGGGCCCGCCCACUAGAAUUUCUAGUCAGUUAUUGAGUACGCGGAGCGCCGUUGUUUUCGUCGAGAGACAUCAUGACUAGCAAAUGAGGAAAGCAUAACAUUUGCUCAGUAUUUGGAUGUUCACCAGAACACAAACAUCUUUUUUCUGUUCCAUUUAUUGAGGAUUUGCGGAGUCAGUGGGUUAAUUUUAUUUUGCCUGUAAAUACGACGCGAAAAAUUCCUAAAGUUGUCCUCGUGUGAAAAACAUUUCACCGACGACUGUUUUAUCAACUUGGGACAAUACAAAGCUGGCCUUGCUCAUCGUCUGAGGUUAAAGCCUGAUGCAGUACCAACUCUUUGUGGCCCAGCUAUGAACUUCGGAGAGGCCAGCACAUCAACAGCUUCCAUUAACCUGCCUUUCUCAAGGGAUGUUGCCUGCCAAACAGACCACCUGGAAACACUAACUGUUGGCACACAGCUGUCUUUGAAGACUCUGCAGCCCCACUUUAGAAGUGAAGGUAUCCAGGCAAGUGUCUCCUGCAGAGAUUUUGGUGUGGGGUCUUCAAAUGCAGACCCUUUGUGCCUGUCAUCAACACCUAUAAAGAGACCACUCAAAAGACCUCGUCUAGACCUUGAUGAAGAGCUUGAGGACAAUCCACUGAAGGACAGCUCCUAAGUGGAAGUUUCACAGGGACAGGACACCAGUUAUGAUACUGCCCACUAUAUCACAACAUCAUUAGACUCUACGCUAAAGUCAGAACCUUCACCCACUUCCACCCACAACAGCAAAAUAUACAUGGUGUACGAGAACUGCCUCAUGGACUUGUUUAAUACAUGUCCAGUCUGCACACGGGCAUGUGAUGUAAAGACCCAGAGGCUGGGGACAUUCCUGUCUGUGAAGCAGUGGUGCCCCCAUUGCACAUUUACAAGAAGCUGGAAUAGCCAGCCUGUCCUUGGGAGCACGCCAGCUGGAAAUCUGCAUCUUUCUGCCGCUGUGUACCUGAGUGGAGCAUCUUUUAUCACAAUUGAAAAGGUCUUCAACGCCAUGAAGCUGCAGUUGUUUCAGUACGAAACAUUUCGCCGCCAUGUAAGAUCUUUCAUUGAACCGGCAGUUAUUCACCAUUGGAAAGUCACACAGGAUGUGAAUCUGCAGCAGCUGAGUCAGGAGGAAAAAGUCAUCCUUGGUGGUGAUAUGAGAGCUGACUCACCAGGCCACUCUGCAAAGUAUGGUAGUUAUACAAUGAUGGAUCUCCGGAGUAACACCAUUGUGGACAUUCAGUUGGUUCAGAGAGCAACGAGGUUGGUGGUAGCUACCAUAUGGAGAAAGAGGGCCUGACAAGGAGUCUAGCAUUACUGGAGUCACGUGACGUCAAACUUGAUUGUAUCAUCACUGAUCGUCAUCCACAAAUACAGAAGUUCCUCAUUUAUAUUGCAUUAUAACAUACAAAAACUAUCAUUUUUGCUAAAGGCUUUUCCUUUGUUUUCUUGUUAGUGAUAUUGUUUUGAUGAGAAGGACAUCAUGUUAGUUUUUUUUACAGCUUGCUUAAAGCUCCGAUUUGGUAAAAAGACUUGUACUUGUUGUGAAAAUGUUGACAGCAUAAGUAAAUGUAAAGAAAUGCUUUGAAAGUGAUUUUGAAAUGCUACACUGGAGUAAUUUGUCAGUUUAUGGGUAUCUUCACUACGUGCAAUAUAUUGUUUUCGUUGUAGGAAUUUCAAAGAAACUGGAAGCACUCAGUAAACAGAAAGACUGUGAGAAAGUCAAGAAGUGGAUGAAAAGCAUCAACAACCACAUAUACUGGACAGCAGCUACCUCUACCUCCGGACCAGAUAGAAUCGCAAAGUGGAACGCGAUCCUGAACCAUGUUCGAGAUAUCCAUACACACCAGGAUCCUCUUUACCCCAUGUGCGAGCAUGUGAUCCGCAAGACGACUGACAAGAGUAAAUGGUUGCAAGCAGCAACUCCAGCUUUCUACAAGUUGGAGAAGUUGAUGACCAACAAAAGAACGAUGAAGGAUGUUGCAAAACUGAGCCCUCACUACCAAACUUCAUCACUGGAGUCUUUCCAUGCCAUCAUCCUUCGCUUUGCCCCGAAGAAUGUUGUCUUUCCCUUUAUUGGAAUGCUGUGCAGACUGUACCUGUCUGCUAUGCAUUACAAUGAAAAUGGAGACCGACCACAGGCCAAAUCACAAAAAGGUGAACCGCUCUUCAAAAUCUCUUUUCCAAAAGCUAGGAAGGGAGAGUGCAGUGCUAAACCACAUAAAACAGAGCCGACCUUUGGUUACGUUGCUGACCUGAUGAACCUCAUUUUUGAGGAAGUCUUUGUCAACCCUGUACCAUACUGCUGAGAUGUUGACCAUCCCUGUCCCAGAGAACCUAUCGGCGCAGUAUGAGAAGCCGGACAAGGAGGAGGUCAUUGCC